AUGAACUUGUUGGACAAGUUAGUGUCUCCUAUUCAAUCAACUUUUGUGCCGGGUAGGAAAGGGGUUGAUAAUGCAAUCAUUGUGCAAGAGCUCAUCCACACUGUUAGUAGAAAGAGAGGAGGAGUGGGGCCUUCACGAGGCAUUCGGCAAGGGGAUUCAUUAUCUCCCUAUCUUUUUAUUUUUUGCAUGGAAGUUUUGGGGCAUUUGAUUGAAGAAAAAUGUAGGGAGAAAAGUUGGACUCCUGUUAAAGUGUCUAGGAGCGGUAUCGCUUUUUCCCACCUCUUCUUUGUGGAUGACCUUGUGUUAUUCACUAAGGCAGAUGGUAGAAAUUGUUCUGCAAUUAGAGACGCUUUGGAUGAGUUUUGCAAUAGAUCCGGUCAGUCAAUUAGUGAAGCUAAAUCUAGAGUAUUUUUCUCCCCUAACGUGGAUAGAGAUACAAGGGAAUCCUUGUGUGACAUUCUGGGGUUUUCUUCAACUCCUAAUCUCGGCAAAUAUUUGGAGUUUCCUAUUCAGCAUCGAGGGUCUAACAGCCAGGACUUCAAUUUUGUCCUAGAGAGAGUUAAGCAAAAACGUGUUGGUUGGAAGGCCAAUCUUCUCUCCUUUUCCGGUAGAACUGUUCUUGUCCAAGCUUCUUCUUCUACCAUUCCAGCUUAUGUCAUGCAAUGCAAUGCUCUCCCGGGAAAGCUCCUGGACAACAUUGAUAAAGUUAAUAGGGAUUUCUUGUGGGGUUCUUUGGAGACGGGCAAAAAGAUGCAUUGGGUGGGCUAG